UGUCAAGAAAUCAUGACCCAGUUAAAUCUAUCGGAUGACGAUGUUGUCAGGCUGCUUCAUUCACUUUCAUGUGCUAAGUAUAAGAUUUUGACCAAGGAUCCUAGCACCAAAACAAUUUCUUCGACUGAUGUCUUCGAAUUUAAUUCGAAGUUCACUGAAAAAAUGAGAAGGAUCAAGGUACACAUGCCCCCUGUGGAUGAGAAGAAGAAGGUGAUUGAGGAUGUUGACAAGGACAGGCGAUAUGCGAUUGAUGCCUCAAUUGUGCGUAUCAUGAAGAGUAGGAAGGUCUUGGGAUACCAGCAGCUGGUUAUGGAGUGUAUUGAGCAAUUGGGCCGAAUGUUCAAGCCUGAUGUCAAAGCAAUCAAGAAAAGGAUCGAAGAUCUGAUCACUCGUGACUACCUUGAACGGGACAAGGACAACCCCAACUUGUUCAAAUACUUGGCGUAAAUCCGCAUGUGCCUGCUGAUGAUCAAGCUAGUACUGUGAGCACGAAUAUGGAGUCACACAAA